UGCCACUGCUGCACGCAGAUCAGUCAUGUCGGAGCGGAGGAGGGUCUGUGGAUGUGACCGCGCGCAGUUUCACUACUGCUGAGCGUGUGUGCGCGACGGACUGGGUUGCUUUUCUGGUUGUGUGGAUAUCGCCUCGAUGGACGGGCAACGGGGCUUUUAUGAAAUGGAGAACCCGACAGAGAACCCCAGCAAGGCGGCGGAGUAUCUUCAAGAGCUGAAUAAAAUCAUCGAGACCCAGCAGGGGCUGCUGGAGAAGCAGAGGGUCCGGAUCGAAGAGCUGGAGCUCCAGGUGACGGAUCUGUGCAAGGAAAACGUGUGUCUGAAAGACCAGCACCAGCGGCACCUGGCCACCUGCAGACUCCAGCAGGGCACACAUUCCGCCCUGGUAGCCAUCAAGGAGAAUGUCAUGCAAGAAAAGCGACACGCCUCAUUGCCUGUAGAAGUCUCAGAGAUCCCUCUAAACCUUAUUGCCCCUCCAUGUAGAAGAAGUUACCCCUGUCGCAAAUGGAAAUCUGCAUCUUUUGGUGUGGAAGGUGAUGCUCCAGGCAGCGAGGUGGGCAUCUCUGUGGACCCCAGCAGCGGCUACAGUUGCAUCCCAGUGACCCACAGUGGCGGGCUUGGCCCCGACCACCUGGACAGCCAGCUCUACGGACACAUCCUGCUGCCCGGUCACCUACGGCCUCGCCGACCCAAACUCCAGCACUCACAGUCCAUCCUCCGCAAGCAGGCAGAGGAGGAGGCCAUCAAGCGCUCCCGCUCGCUGUCAGAGAGCUAUGAGCUCUCAUCAGACCUGCAGGACAAGCAGGUGGAGAUGCUAGAGCGUAAAUAUGGUGGGCGGUUCAUAACCCGGCAUGCAGCCCGCACCAUUCAGACAGCCUUCCGCCAGUACCAGAUGAACAAGAACUUUGAGCGUCUUAGAAGUUCUAUGUCUGAGAACCGUAUGUCCAGACGGAUUGUCUUAUCCAAUAUGAGAAUGCAGUUUUCCUUUGAAGGACCUGAAAAAGUCCACAGCUCCUACUUCGAGGGAAAGCAGGUCUCGCUAACAGAUGACGGCACUAAAAUUGGUGCACUGAUGCAGUCAGAGCAUGGUGGGGAGAUGGGUGUGCAGGCCAAGGCCCCCUCGACACAGAGUGACUUCACAGAUGCUAUCACAGAGCUAGAGGAUGCGUUCUCCAGGCAGGUCAAAUCUCUAGCUGAGUCCAUAGAUGAUGCUCUAAACUGUCGUAGUCUGCAUGGUGAUGACAACCAGUCAGAGCAAGGGAGAGGUCACCAGGAUAUGGACAGGGAGAUCAGCUGCCAGGUGAAACCCUCCCACAGCACUUCAGAACACCGCAAACUGGAUGAGAUGACAGCAUCUUACAGCGAUGUUACCCUUUACAUCGAUGAAGAAGAACUGUCACCGCCACUACCCCUGUCUCAAUCUGUGGACCGGCCCUCUAGCACAGAAUCAGACUUGCGUCAGCGUUCCCUUAACUCUUCCCAGGACUAUUGGACGCUGGCUCAUAAGGAUGAGAAAGGGGACACAGACACCAGCUGCCGCAGUACACCAUCUCUGGAGUGCCAGGAGCAGCGCUUGAGGGUAGACCACCUACCCUUACUGACCAUUGAGCCCCCAAGCGACAGCUCGGUGGAGUUGAGCGAUCGUUCUGACCGCAGCUCUCUGAAGCGACAGAACGCCUACGAGCGGAGCCUCAGCAACCAGCAGAGCAGCCCCAAACACAUCAGCCACAGCCUGCCACCACGAGGGCCUUCCAGAGAAGAGGACGUCACCCAUCAUCGACCACGCCAACUGGAGGCCCACCUGGCCAUCAAUGGCACCGCAAACCGGCAGAGCAAGUCGGAGUCUGAUUUUUCUGAUGGUGACAAUGACAGCAUCAACAGCACAUCCAACUCCAACGACACUAUCAACUGCAGCUCCGAGUCUUCAUCCAGGGACAGCCUGAGGGAGCAGACGCUUAGCAAGCAGACGUACCACAAAGAGACUCGCAACAGCUGGGACUCACCUGCCUUCAGUAAUGACAUCAUCCGCAAGAGGCACUACCGCAUUGGCCUAAACCUCUUCAACAAGAAACCAGAAAAGGGCAUCCAGUAUCUGAUCGAGCGAAACUUUGUUCCAGACACUCCAGUGGGUGUGGCCCACUUCCUGCUCCAGAGGAAAGGCUUGAGUAGGCAGAUGAUUGGCGAGUUCCUGGGUAACAGACAGAAACAAUUCAACCGAGAUGUCCUCGACUGUGUGGUGGAUGAAAUGGACUUCUCAGGUAUGGAGCUGGACGAAGCGCUCAGGAAAUUCCAGGCACACAUCAGAGUGCAGGGAGAAGCACAGAAAGUGGAGCGGCUGAUAGAGGCCUACAGCCAGCGCUACUGCAUAUGUAACCCUGGUGUGGUGCGACAGUUCAGGAACCCCGACACCAUCUUCAUUCUGGCCUUUGCCAUCAUCCUCCUCAACACAGACAUGUACAGCCCCAACGUCAAGCCUGAGAGGAAGAUGAAGUUGGAGGACUUUGUUAAGAACCUUCGAGGAGUGGAUGAUGGGGAAGACAUCCCCAGAGAGAUGCUGGUAGGGAUAUAUGAGCGCAUUCGAAAGCGAGAGCUCAAGACUAAUGAAGACCAUGUGUCCCAGGUUCAGAAAGUGGAAAAACUCAUCGUUGGAAAAAAGCCGAUUGGCUCAUUACAUCAUGGGCUGGGCUGUGUACUAUCCUUACCCCACCGGAGACUGGUCUGUUACUGCAGACUUUUUGAAGUGCCCGACCCCAACAAACCACAAAAGUUGGGCCUGCACCAAAGGGAGAUCUUCCUCUUUAAUGACCUGCUAGUGGUUACAAAAAUUUUCCAAAAGAAGAAGAACUCUGUGACGUACAGCUUUCGGCAGUCCUUCUCACUUUAUGGCAUGCAAGUGCUGCUCUUUGAGAAUCAGUAUUACCCCAAUGGAGUCCGUCUAACCUCAGCCAUUCCCGGAGCUGACAUCAAAGUCCUCAUCAACUUCAAUGCACCCAAUCCUCAGGACCGCAAAAAGUUUACUGAUGAUUUGCGAGAAUCUAUUGCUGAGGUCCAAGAGAUGGAGAAGUACCGGAUAGAAUCUGAGCUAGAAAAGCAGAAGGGGGUGGUGAGGCCCAGCAUGUCCCAGAGUUCAGGGUUAAAGAAGGACACAGGCAAUGGCAACCUGAGCCGAGCCAGCCUUGAUGACAGCUACGCCAUUGGUGAAGGCUUGAAGAGGAGUGCCCUCAGCAGCUCCCUACGUGACCUCUCAGAUGCAGGCAAGCGUGGAAGACGCAGCAGUGCAGGAUCACUAGACAGCAAUAUGGAAGGGUCCAUCAUUAGCAGUCCCCACAUGCGGCGGAGACCCCCCUCCAGCCGAGACUGCCCAUCCCGCCACAGCGGCCAGUCCCUGCCCAACUCCUCUUCACUGCUUGGAUCUUUGUUUGGCAACAGGCGCGUGAAGUCCCCCAGCCCCACCCCUCAGCCCCUGCACCCCACCCUCAUCUCCCAUACCCCCCAUCCUGCCAACCUGCACCACACGGCCCGGGCUGAGACAGACACAUCGACCUCCAUGCACCCUCACCAUGCCCAGUUCUGCCACAUGACCCAAAACCCCCCGCCUUACCAUCACCACCACCACUACCACCCUCCGGCCCACUUGCAGCACCCUCCGCACCAGUACCACCCGCCCCCUCCUCACGGCCAGCAGCCGGUCUACCCUCCUCACCCUCACACGCAGCACGGCCUUGGAAGCCAUUCAGCACACUCCUCCCAUCCCGCUCACGGCCCCCAUCACCACGGCCCGCCUCCAGCACCCUCCCAGGCGCCCAGCAGCACCAAGCCGAAGCACAGUGGCAUUAGUACGGUGGUCUGAGUUGCACAGCAGCUCUCUGGGCUCUCUGACUGAACUUUGAUUUUUCUCUGAGGCUCUCAGUUAAUGAGACAGUCGCACUGUGCAUCAUUGGUCUGGGGUUGUAAAGCCAGACUGGAUCCUGUGCCUCUGUCAGCAUUUUUUGUUACACUCAUCACAGGAGCAGUACAUUUAAUAGAAACAAUAUUUCUUGUCCGGUUGCUCCUUUCCUUUCAUUUCAGGUCAUAAGUCAUGUCUGGCUGCUUUAAAAGCAACAGACCACAAACAGAUGAGCAUGCACAAAGACCACAACUACUGUUUCUCUCCCACUAAAUUAAAGGUUCUCUAUGUAACUUUAAGAAAAUCCUCAGUCAGUCCUCAUUAAUGACACUGUGAACUGCAGUGAACUGCAGUCAGCAACCUGUUGAUCACAUUCGUAUUAUACGAAAGUGAGCACCUGUGCACUGACACUGACUUGACAUACACGAGACUUGGUGUGAUUAGUGUGAUUUACCGGCAUCAUGUUGAUAGGAUUUUGGAAAAUAAAUUACAGACAUACUCAUAAUGUUCCUAUAUUUCAUUUGGAUCAUUGGCUCUAACUAGCUACUAUACUAACUAGCUGUUCGUUUGCAAAUUACUUCGUCAGCUGACGUUACAGAGCAACCUGCAGCAGAUGCAAAAUGUUCUCAUCCCGAGAUGUGACAUGUUGCUGCUUUGCAGUGGAUUUCUGCGUCUGUUUAUCACUGGAGGUAGUGAGUGCAGUUUUGUAAAUGCCCCUUUAGGUUAUUGUUAGCUUGUUGUCUGACCCUGCCUUGCAUUGCUCUAUUGGCCAAUAGUCAUUAUUUAUGCACCUUUGCUUUGUAAUGCUACACCAUAUAUUGUUAGCUAAAUGUACACAUUUGUACAUACCUAAGUUGGUAUCAUGGAUCAUGUUAGCUGCAGACGCUAUUUGGCAAAUUAGCGAAUUAACAUGUCCACUCAAAUAGUAUUUUCCAAGCGAUAACAUCGAACAAGCAAGCUUAUCCAGCUAGUUGUACUUAACUUAAAAUGCAUUAAUCUGGCCUUGGUUGCUUCAUAACAUUAGAUCAUGAGUAAUUUGCAAAUGUCAAGCUAGUUAGUUAGUUAGUUAGUUAGUUACUUAGUUAGUUAAAGCUAGUCAAUCCAGAUGUUAUCCACUCUAGAGUAUUUUGCUAUUUUAGCUAGUAAGCAAGCAAAUCAACAACAGCAAGCAAGAAAACAUAAGCCAGCUUAAGCCAAAAUGUCACAAUAUAUUUCACAGGUCAGUGUUUCCUCUUGGAUUUUUACCGCACAGGGGAGGGGGGGCACUGCAUUUGAUGAAUUUCCUCUUUAUCAGACCAGAAAUUAGAUACGAAGUAGCAAGCUAGCACAACCCAGGGUCCCUCCACUUUUCUCCAGCAGCUAGGACACAAGCCAAGCAAAAUCCUAGUGCUAGGGGUCACAGCAGGCUGAUGCUAGGUCUGUUGUCUCACAGCAGCAGCAGAAAGUUUGUUGAUUCGGUGGGGAGUCGAUGAGGUCUGGGAUCAAAACCCCAGCGCUCAUUCUUGUGCUGGCUGAUUUUGAGUCACUAAGGUCCACCUGUUGACUGCCACCGCAAAAUGUUGAGCUAGUGUUAUGGUGGGUGCCAGUUGUUUUUUGAAGUUUGCGGACUUCUUAAUUAACCUAAGCUAAUGAUGCACACUGUUUUGGGGGGAACUGAUGAGAGACAAGGCACUCGGUAACACACAUUAACAUAUCCUUCCGAUUUCCCCACAAAAGCUGUCCCAAGUCCUUUCUAUAGAGAUCAGUCAGCAGACUAUUAGACAACCAAGAAAGUUGAGGAAGGUCUCAGUUUUUAUUUUACAAUCCUUUCACUCAUUGGCAAUAAAAUCAUUAUCCAUGUAAAAAGUUACAUAUAGUACCUUUAAAGUAUUAGAUAUCUUGCUUCUUGUAUUUUACUGAAGUCAAUAGUAAACUUUCAUUAGUAUGAGGGUGAUUUGGUUGAACAGACACACAGACAAAGGGUCAUCCUCAGCAGUGCAGUAGCUGUAUGAGUAUUUAAUGUAGCGAUAGCUCACAGUGCACUGUGAUAUCUCUGGUAGCAGUGAUAAAUGUGCCAAUAAUGAAGCAUUUGCUAAUUUAGUCACAGAAAUUGCUUUAUGUAUAUUGUGCAUAGUAUUUUGUAAAAUAACAAUAUCAACUGUAAUUAUUCUGAUAAUUAUUAUUACAGAACAAAUGGCAUCAAUUAAAACUCUCAGUAUUAUACCAGCACAUAAGUGGCAUAGUUUUACUGUGAAGAAACCAAUCAAAGUUUUUAUUAGUAAGGCAAUUCAGUAAGCUGGAAUACUGUCUAUGGUUGCCUUAGAGUUAGAGCUGUGUAAAGAUUGUUGAAUGCUGGUGAAGACGUGCAUACCAGCCUGCAAACAGUCUCAUCCACUGCAGUCAUCUUUGGUUCUGAGUCAUCUCUCCAGCCCUGGAAAAGACAGCCUCAGUGAGCUGCUGAGCAAACAGAUACAUAUGAAUGUCCGCCCUUCAGUACCGGCUGCUCGUCCACCAUCAUUUUAUUUUUUAGCUAUUUUUUUAGAGUCCAAUAAACAAUAUACAAAAAGCUCUUUAUGCUGUACUAAAACCUGGUAGGAUUCUUCAAGUCCGUUCUGCAGGAGGAGGAGGUUUUCCAAGUUUUUCCUGGAAAGUGACUGUGCAAACUGUGUAGCAGGGAAACAGCACCAUGACUGUUUAAGUGUCUCCCCUGAUGUGGAAGCUCUCAGCUGGCUGAGUGUGCCCUGUCCCUCUUUGGUUUCAUUGUGUGUCUCUCGAGCAGCGAGCAUGUGGUACAGUGCUGUUUACUCCCUUGAUCAGACUUUUCCUCAGAGCCACGAGGACACCACAGUACAGAAAUCAAUAAUUAUCAGUCUGUGAUGGUAAUAGCACUCCUAUGCUUCACUCACCACAAAUGGCAGUUUUAUAUCAAUCAUUUUAACAACAUAUUAUGGGAUAGCUGGUUGUACCUCCCAGCCAUCCUUUGCAUAGUAUCUGUGGUGUGUGCAGAGUGGAGGCAAGGGGCUAGUGUGAUGGAGCAUAUUUUCUGUUCAAAAUGAUAGAAAUAGCACUUGUUCUACUUAGUUGAUAUCAUUGGCUAGUCUGUUUCUGCUUAAAAUAUUAUGACAUGGAUUUUUUAAACUUGUAUGUGCAAUAUAUAUUUUUUUCUUUGUUUUGUUUAAGAACAAUUUCAAUCUGGUUGUUCCAUUUUGUUUAGUUCUGUUGGUGUUGUGUUUUUUUUCUUGCAACGUCCUUUGUCAUUUCUUUCUCAAUGUUUCAGUGAAGUGCAAGUAUCCACAUGGAUUUGGAGGGACUGGACCUUCCACACUGAUAAAGAAUGUCAAACUAAAUAAUUGCAUGUAACAAUGUAUUUCUCGGCUAUUUUCUAAAUGAUUGUGUAUUCCCAAACUAUAACAGUGUUACAGUCGACUGUUGUUAAAAAUGAAUGGUAGAAUAGUUUUGACUUCCUCAUUUACAGCAAAUAGAAGUCAACUAUGUAUUUGUGUCACUCCAGGGGAUAACUAACUCUGUAUUGUUUCCUGGUCCACAUGGAGCAGUUUACUGGGUCUUCAGUGUACAACAGUAGUCAAAACUGGCUGUUAUCACAGUUGGGUGAGGACAGGUAGAGUCAGUGUGACAGAACAUAUACUCUUGAAAUCACAGUGAGAAUGGACUGACAGCUGAGUAUAAUGAAAGUAAUUAUUUUAACUUUAUAUUUGUCAUCUGCCUCUGUCAAUGGCUCACACCUUACUGUUGUCAAGUGAUAUCCAGUAUAUCAUUAUUGUAAAAUACUUAUUUGCUUAAGGUCUAAGUUAUCAGGGUACCACUCUAAUAGUAAUAUUUUAAAAAUCCUUUAUAGAGGGUUUAUACAUUGUAUCUAAUAUGAUUAUUUAAUAAAGUCAAUUCACUGUUAAA